GCUACGGAGCCCCUGCGCCCCGCCCGCCUGGUCCUCGAGCGCCGGCAGGGGGCGCCGGAGCGUGGCUAAAAGGCGCAGCCAGCAGCGGGUGGCCCCAGUGGCGGAGCGCGCGGCGGGUGCGUGGCCAGGACCCACCGCCCGGGGAGGAGCGCAGCAGGCACCGGACCCUGGACGCCCGGCGGCGGGGACCCGACGGCGUUGCCUCCGCGCUCCCUGACUUCGGUGCGCGCCCCGCAGGCCUCCCGAGCGCGAUCCCCGCUCAUCCCGGGCUCCCCAUGGCCUCGGAGGCCCCGGCGUCCCCGAGAGCGCUGCUGCGCUGGACCGCACUGCUGCUCCUGGCCGCGCUGCUCCCGCUCGCGUCCGCGGCGGGGACCCCAGUUGACCACCCACUGAAGCCAAGGCAUGUGAAACUGCUGUCCACUAAAACGGGCCUGAAGGUCACGUGGGACCCACCCAAAGAUGCUACCCGUAGACCUGUGGAGCAUUACAACAUUGCCUAUGGGAAGUCACUGAAAAGUCUUAAGUACAUCAAGGUGAAUGCGGAGACAAACUCCUUCCUUAUUGAGGAUGUGGAGCCAGGGGUGGUGUACUUUGUGCUGGUUACCGCAGAAAACCACAGUGGAGUGAGCCGCCCGGUUUACAGAGCUGAGAGCCCACCCGGAGGUGAAUGGAUCAAGAUUGAUGGUUUUCCCAUUAAGGGUCCAGGACCAUUUAAUGAGACCGCCACAGAAAAGGAAGUGCCCAACAGGCCCUUGCGUAUGCGCAUCCGGUCCUCAGAUGACAGGCUGUCGGUUGCCUGGAAGGCGCCACGCCUGUCUGGAGCCAAGAGUCCGCGCAGAUCUCGGGGUUUUCUUCUGGGCUAUGGAGAGAGUGGCCGGAAGAUGAACUAUGUCCCGCUGACCAGAGAUGAGAGGACACAUGAAAUUAAAAAGCUUGCUUCAGAGUCCGUGUAUGUGGUCUCCUUGCAAUCCAUGAACUCCCAGGGGCGGAGUCAGCCCGUCUAUAGGGCUGCCCUCACGAAACGCAAGAUUUCAGAAGAGGCUGAGCUGGAUAUACCUGAAGACAUCACUGUCCGGGUUAUAUCGUCGCAAUCUGUGCUCGUAGCCUGGGUAGAUCCUGUUGUGGAAAAACAGAAGAAAGUUACUGCGUCAAGACAGUACACUGUGCGCUACCGAGAGAAAGGGGAGUCGGCAAGGUGGGAUUACAAGCAAGUGGCUAACAGGCGCGUGUUGGUGGAGAGCCUGAUUCCAGACACUGUAUAUGAAUUCGCAGUCCGCAUUUCACAGGGUGAAAGAGAAGGCAAAUGGAGCCCGUCCGUCUUCCAAAGAACGCCAGAGUCCGCUCCCACCACAGCUCCUGAGAACUUGAACAUCUGGCCAGUCAGCGGCAAGCCUACAGUAGUCACUGUAUCCUGGGACGCACUGCCGGAAACGGAGGGGAAAGUAAAAGAAUACAUUCUUUCAUAUGCCCCGGCUCUCAAACCAUUUGGAGCAAAGUCCCUCACCUUCUCUGGACACACUACUUCUGCCUUGGUGGACGGUCUGCAGCCUGGGGAACGCUAUCUGUUCAAAAUCCGGGCCGCAAACAGGAGAGGCCCCGGGCCACACUCCAAAGCCUUCAUUGUCGCUAUACCAACAACCAGUUCCAAUGAGGUCAACACCCAGCAGAACACAAAGGAGAGUUGGAAACAGGAAAAAGCCCAGCCUUCCACACCUGCUCCCCAAACCACAGCUGCCUCAGAACACACCUCCCCAAGCAGAAAUGUCAAGGAUCUUCUCCUUGAUUUAAAGAACAAAAUCCUGGCCAAUGGCGGGGUGCCCAGAAAAACCCAGCUUCGCCCUAAGAUAGGAAAAUUGGAUCCUCAGUCCACAGAACUCACUGACGAUGAGGAACUGGAUUCCCUUGAGGACCCUCGGUCCUCACAGUCAGCAGCCCAAGACCAGAGACGACCCCCGAGGCUACCAAGCAGAUCUGGCCACUGGGUCCCAGCUGCCGGCAAGACUCCAGGGAGGCCGGGGCUACCAGCACUGCAGCGGAAGGAAGGCAUGGAUAGACGUGGCCCCCCACUGGCCUCUCACCUUCACCCAGGGAUCACACCCUCAGUGGAGGCCUCUUCUGCCCACCACCAGGCCAGCUCUACAAACAAUGAUGCUCUGAACCGAGGCGAAGAUGAGCAAACAGGCUCCUCCCACCCCAAGACUGCUUCCCCCCAGCAGCUGUCUCCCAAGAGCCCCACCCCAGCGUGGCCAGCCCUGUCCCCCAGCCGCCACUCCAACUCUAGAAGCCCAGUGCACCCAGGCACAAACCCAGCCUCAUCUGCACUGAGGCCUCCCCAAUCUGCCACUGGUGUGGAAGAGUCCAGUGCUCCAACCCCACCCUUGAGGCGUUCUCCAAUGCAUAGAGGGUCCUCUCGGCUCCUGCCGGCCCAAACACAUACCAGAUCCCCGUUUUCCAGGGGCGGGAAGGGUGGGCACGAAGCCCCUGCAGCCAGUUCCCACGUGCCCUCACGGUCUGGGUCAGCCACGCCAUCCUCUGGCUCUUCUAGGACAGAGGGUCCGGAGGAAGAGGACACUUCUGAUGGUGGGGGCAACAGUGUCAGAGUCGCAGAAGACACCGGAAGGCAGGCUGAGGUCACUGCCCAGACCCAGCAGGCCCGGCCUGCCUCUGGACACUCCAGUUCGCUCCGGAAUAAGCCCUUCACCGCCCACAGCAGGAUUCCGAACAGGUUCCCCAGUGGCCGGGGACUAAGGCUGCAGUCCUCUGGGUCCCCUCAAUCUACACCAGCCUCAAGAAUCUUCACCAGGGCUCCUUCACAGCCAGCAUCCUACCCUAGACCUGGUUCAGAUGUCCAUGGAGAUGGUGAGGAUGAGGAACCACUUCCAGCCACUGUGGCCAAUGGCCACUUGCCUUCCUCCUCCAGGCACCCAGCUUCUGGGGGCCCCGACCCCCUAAGAAGAGGCUCCCAGCGAGGGGCCAGCUUGUACCAGAAGGAGCCCAUCCCAGAGAACCCCAAAGCUGUCGGAGCAGAUGUGCAUCCCCAGGGCAAAUCCUCACUAUCCUCCAAGGCACAGGACGUUCAACAGAGUACCGAGGACGAAGCACCCCAAACGCACCCAGUGUCCACAGGUCGGCUUCGGUCCCCUGCUCGGCCUCCAGCAGCGAGGCCACAGCCCUACCCUGGGUCCAGUGUUCCCAGAAGGAUGGCACCUGGCCGGACCGCAGAAAAGCAACACGAGGUCCCUGGUCCCCAAAGCAAGGACUCGGACCGGUCACUUUCCCAGCCCAGGCUAGCAAUUGCUCACGCAGGGCAUGACGAUCCCUUGUCACAGGGUAGCACCCACUCAGACCGGCACACAGCAAGCUCCCGUGGGGUGCGCCCUUCACCUCCCCAGGGCCAGGAUGAGGAAUCCCAGAACACCUAUGACGACAACAGCACCAAAGGCGAGGCCCCAGACACCCGGGCCCCCACGCACUCCACGCGUGCCAAGGAUGCCACCCCGUCCCUGCUCAAGCACAGCAGACCCCAGCCAGAGCACGGAGGCUCCUCUGGGAGGCCCAGCCGGCCCGCCAGCCUCCACCCCCGGGCCCAGGUCCCUGGCAGGGCUGGGGUCCAGACCACACCAGGGAAGAAGACCUCGCCUUCUAAGCGUCCCCAGUCAUCUGAGUCUCGGCAAUUGGUCUCCACCGAGGAGGAGGAGGAGCAGGAGGAGCAGGAGGAGGAAUUUUUAAAAGGCAAGGAAGACCCUGUGGCUGCCACUGUUCCAAAGCGGCCUUUUUCUUCCACUGCUCGGGGCAGCACAUAUGCUGCCCAGGAUAGGGCUGCCCCGCGGAGCCCUGUGCAGGAAAAUGGAAAGAGACCACCAGGCAGCCCUCUAAGGGCCUCACACCUGCCUACCGAACACCUGCCUCGCAACCCGGCCACGGUCAGUCCCAUCCCGAGCACACACUCCUGGCCAAGGCACGCCACCCAUGCCCCUCCCAGCUUCUCCUCCACCACGCCCAUGCUCUCCUUGCGCCAGAGGAUGCAACGCAGAUUCCGGACCCCUGUCUCCCGCCAGUCUCCGCCUCUGAGACCUGUGCACAGUCAAGGAUCCAAUGGCAGAGCAAAUGCAGAAGAGACAAUUCUUCCUGGUAGUAUUGGAAAACCCAGUGGACAAAGAAUUAUCCAUGGUCCUCAAGGAACAAAGUGGGUUGUGGACCUUGAUCGCGGGUUAGUCUUGAAUGCAGAAGGGAGGUACCUCCAAGAUUCCCAUGGAAAUCCUCUUCGGGUGAAACUGGGGGGAGAUGGUCGCACCAUUGUGGAUCUGGGAGGAACCCCUGUGGUGAGUCCUGAUGGCCUCCCCCUCUUCGGGCAGGGGAGACAUGGCAAACCCCUGGCCAGUGCCCAGGAUAAACCCAUCUUGAGUCUUGGAGGGAAGCCCUUGGUGGGCUUGGAAGUCAUCAGGACAACCACUCAUCCUCCUACCACAACCAUGCCACCAACCACAACGACCACCACCGUGCCAACCACUACCACCCCGCCAACCACUACAACCCCAUUGACCACUACAACCCUACAGCCCACCACUACCACCCGCCGUACCACCACCCGCCGCACAACCACCACCAGGCGUCCUACAACUACAGUCCGAGCUACUCGGAGGACCACCACCACCACCACCACCACCACCACCCCGGAACCCACCACCCCUACCCCUACCUGUCCCCCUGGGAUGCUGGAACAACAGGAUGAAGAUGGGAACCUGAUAAUGGGCUCAAAUGGAAUCCCAGAGUGCUACCCGGAGGAAGAUGACUUCUCAGGUUUGGAGACUGGCACAGCGGUACCCACGGAAGAGGACUAUGUUGUAUAUGAUGACGAUUAUGAAUUUGAGACCACAAGACCACCGGCCACCACCAUGCCCUCGACCACUGCUGCCAUGCAGAAGGUCAUCCCAGAGGAAGGCACGGUCAGCUCCUUCCCUGAGGAAGAAUUUGAUCUGGCUGGAAAGAAGCGAUUUGUUGCCCCUUAUGUGACAUACCUCAGUAAAGAUCCAUCAGCCCCUUGUUCUCUGACUGAUGCCUUGGAUCAUUUCCAAGUGGAGAGCUUGGAUGAAAUCAUUCCAAAGGACCUGACGAAGAGUGAGCUUCCUCCUCAGCAUACUCCCCGCAACAUCACUGUGGUGGCCGUUGAAGGCUGCCACUCGUUUGUCAUUGUGGACUGGGACAAAGCCAUCCCUGGAGAUGUGGUAACAGGGUACUUGGUCUACAGUGCUUCCUACGAGGACUUCAUCAGGAAUAAGUGGUCUACUCAAGCUUCAUCAGUGACCCAUUUGCCCAUUGAGAACCUGAAGCCAAACACAAGAUAUUACUUUAAAGUUCAAGCCAAGAAUCCCCAUGGUUAUGGCCCCGUCAGUCCUUCCGUCUCAUUUGUUACAGAAUCAGACAAUCCUCUGCUUGUGGUAAGGCCACCAGGUGGUGAACCCAUCUGGAUCCCAUUUGCUUUCAAGCAUGACCCUGGCUACACAGACUGUCAUGGCCGGCAAUAUGUGAAGCGGACAUGGUACAGGAAAUUUGUGGGAGUUGUCCUUUGUAAUUCACUAAGGUAUAAAAUCUACCUCAGUGACAAUCUGAAAGACACAUUCUACAGCAUUGGAGACAGCUGGGGAAGAGGUGAAGACCAUUGUCAGUUUGUGGAUUCACAUCUUGAUGGAAGAACAGGGCCCCAGUCCUAUAUAGAAGCCCUUCCCACAAUUCAAG